CUCCCCACGAGAUUGACCUCUCGCCAACGCCCAAUUUCUCUCGUCCAGUUUCUGGAUCUUCGCCGAGAUCCUCACCAUUACCUCGUUAGAUUCUGCGCAUCCGAUCUCAUUCGCCCUUGCUCCUUGCAUUUCGGAUCUGCCCGGUUUACACCCUACACCAGCCGGAAUUCCUUCUCCCUGCGGCAAUCUGGGGUUUUCCGGAGAUGGCGGAAGCAGGCACGAAUUCGCGGUAUGUCAAGCUCACUAAAGAACAAGCCCCACUCGAGAUUAAUCCCGGCGAGCUCAAUCAGCCAAUCGAUGUCCCUCAGCUGACUGUUCACAAGUGUAAUGAGUGUGGGCAGCCGUUGCCGGAAGACUUUGCGCCGCCGGCCGACGAGCCUUGGAGUACUGGGAUCUUUGGAUGUGCUGAAGAUUCUGAAAGCUGCUGGACAGGGCUAUUCUGCCCCUGUGUCCUGUUUGGGCGGAAUGUUGAGAAUAUGCGAGAUGAUACACCAUGGACUACACCAUGCCUCUGUCACGCCGUCUGCAUCGAGGGUGGUAUUGCGCUAGCUGCAGUGACGGCACUCUCCCAUGGUGUUAUAAUGGAUCCAAAUACAUCGUUCCUUGUAUGCGAGGGUCUGUUGUUCGCUUGGUGGAUGUGUGGCAUUUACACUGGUAUCGUUAGGCAGUCUUUGCAGAAGAAGUAUCAUCUGAAGAACGCUCCAUGCGACCCGUGCAUGGUGCACUGCUGCAUGCACUGGUGCGCUCUCUGCCAGGAGCACAGGGAGAUGAAAGGACGCCUCUCGGAUAACUUCGUCAUGCCAAUGACCAUCGUCAACCCCCCUCCGCUCCAAGAGAUGUCAGUCACAGAGACCUCUACCACCGCAAACCAUGACCGUCCUGCUCCAUCUUCGUCAGAUAAGGGCUCCUCUCAGCUGGAGAUGCAGGCUCUAUAGUCAUUAGUGAAACAACAGACAGUCAUGGCGAGAUUAUUGUUCAUUAUCGGCCUGGAUUUCGCUUUAGAACAAAUCAUACUUAACUUUAUACUUGUUUAUUGCCCUUGAUGGCACCCUUUUGUAGAGUGAGCUUGGUAGUUCUUAGAAACGAUUAUUCCCCACCGUCGAGAGAAAGUUCAUCUAUGACAUUGAUGAAUUUACAGGAUCAUUGAUUGAGGUAGCAAUGGCCGGCUGGGAGCCGGGUGCAUAUGGUUGAAUCAAUCAGGGCGCACUCAGUGCUGGCGAAACUGGUGUAACGUGAGGGGUCCUCCGAAUGAUUUGGGACCAGAAAAAUAUGAGUCGGGGGAAGAAGUGGGAAUUUGAUGCAUUUGCACUUUGCAGUUACCAGGGUCAAAAAGUUUGAGCCGCAUCCAUCCACCCAGCUACGUUUCCCAUAUUAAAUCACUGAAUUGUCU